CAGAGAUCUCAAAAUUAUUCUUUUUUCCAUCUAGGUGUUUCCUCAGCAACCUGGGACACCAGGCAUGGCUAGUUUGAGCCUGGAGACAAUGAGACAGCUGGGAAGUUUGCAGGGACUAAACAUGCUUUCUCAGUAUUCAAGAUUUGGUUUUGGAAAAUCAUUUAAUUCUUUGUGGAUGCAUGGUCUCCUCCCACCACAUUCUUCCUUCCCAUGGAUGAGACCAAGGGAACAUGAAACUCAACAGUAUGAAUAUUCUUUGCCUGUGCAUCCCCCACCUCUCCCAUCGCAGCCAUCCCUGCAGCCUCAGCAGCCAGGACAGAAACCCUUCCUCCAGUCCGCUCUUGUGACCGACGUCCAGGACACCGCCCCGCAGAAGGGAGGACCUCAGCCUCCGGCUUACCAGGGACAACCGCCCUUGCAGCAGGCAGAAGGGCCGAUGCUCGAACAGCAGGUGGCGCCGACAGACAAGCCACCAAAAGCCGAGCUACCAGGAAUGGAUUUUGCGGAUCUGCAAGGUCCAUCGGUGUUCCAAAUAGCCCGUUUGAUAUCUCGGGGACCAAUGCCACAAAAUAAACCAUCGCCACUUUAUCCGGGAAUAUUUUACAUGUCCUAUGGAGCAAAUCAACUGAACGCUCCUGCCAGACUUGGCAUCAUGAGUUCAGAAGAAAUGGCGGGAGGCCGAGGAAGCCCCAUGGCCUAUGGAGCCAUCUUCCCAGGAUUUGGAGGCAUGAGGCCUCACCUUGGAGGGAUGCCCCGCAAUCCAGCUAUGGGUGGAGACUUUACUCUGGAAUUUGACUCCCCAGUCGCCGGAACCAAAGGCCCUGAGAAGGGAGAAGGCGGUGCCCAAGGCUCCCCUUUGACCGAGCUCGACCCAGCCAAUCCAGAAAGCCCAGCUCUCCUGCCAGAGGUAGCACCUGGAGCCCUGGGAGGGCUUCUUGCUCAUCCAAAGGGCAACGACCCCAACAUGGCAAGAGGCCCAGCUGGGCAGAGUGGGGGACCCCUCAGGGUCACCCCAGCAGACGCUGACCCACUGAUGACCCCUGGAUUGGCUGAUAUUUAUGAGAAUUACGGUGCUGAUGUGACCACACCUCUGGAAGAAACGCCCACGGAUACCACAGCGAGCCCGGACACUCAGCAAACGUUGAUGCCAGAAAACAACGCACAGCAGCCUCAGGUUAUGCACGAUGUGUGGCGUUUCCAAGAGCCCUGAGAGCCUGGAGAUUAUCAGCUUCCUUCUGUAUGCACAAGCUCCCCAGCUUUGUCCCCAUAGUGUAUCUUUCUGCUAACACACUACCCUUCCGCAGCAAAGGCAUUGAAAAUGCUAAGCAUAUAUUAAUAAAUAUAAGUGGCUAGAAAUAGUGUAGGUCCCCUUCUUGCUUUCACUCUCUUACUGAAGUAAAAUGUAUCGACCAUCUCUAUGAUUUAGAAUCACUAUUAAUGAUAUUAGAGCAAGUCUAUGGGUCUCUGCAUUGGAAAAUCACUGUUUCUCAGCUGUCUUUGGUAUUACAGAAUUUCUCUAACUAGCAUGACACUGUUAUAUCCAGGAAAUGUGACAUUGCUUCAACAUGUUUCUCUAGGCCAAGGCACAUAUUUGCAGAAUUAUGAGAUAUAUUAUUCAAACAUUAUUAAACAGGGAUUGGUGAGCAAUCCCUGACUGGUAUUACUGAGUUUGGUAUAUUGGAUUUAAA